GCGAGCCGAGGGCGUUCGGCCUCCCGCGGCCGCCGAAGCCAUGUCGGUGAACAUGGAAGAGCUGCGGCACCAGGUCAUGAUCAACCAGUUCGUGCUGGCCGCGGGCUGCGCGGCCGACCAGGCGAAGCAGCUGCUGCAGGCGGCCCACUGGCAGUUCGAGACCGCCCUGAGCACGUUCUUCCAAGAAACCAACAUUCCCAACAGCCACCACCACCACCAGAUGCAGAUGUGCACCCCCAGCAACACACCUGCCACACCACCCAACUUCCCUGACGCACUGGCCAUGUUCUCCAAGCUUCGUGCCUCGGAGGGCUUGCAGAAUAGCAACAGCCCCAUGACGGCCGUGGCCUGCUCCCCCCCUGCGAGCUUCAGCCCCUUCUGGGCCUCGUCCCCGCCCAGCCACCAGGCUGCCUGGAUCCCGCCCUCCUCGCCCACGGCCCACAGCUUCCACCACCUGCACCACCCGCAGCCCACGUGGCCCCCCGGAGCACAGCAGGGGGGCUCCCAGCAGAAGGCCGUGGCUGCCGUGGAUGGCCAGAGAUGAGACUGGAUGCCGCCAGGCGCUGGGCUGGAGCUGGGGCGUGGGGGGGCAGUCCAGGGUCGUGGGGACACAGGAGGGCCGGGGUGGGGGAGGAGCUGGGGUGGGUGGGGUUUCCUGAAGAGCGCACUGGAAGAUUUUAUAAAAGAAUUUUUGUGGGUGGGGGGGGGAUAGUAAACUUCCUGAGCCACUUGGGUCCUUCAGGAGUUUCUCUUCAGACAAGUUUUUUUCCUCUUUUUAAUAUAUAACUAUAAUAUAUAUGACUAUAUAAAUAUAACUAAUGUUAUGUGAAACGAGGCUGGCUGACUGCAGUGUUGGGGUCAGCAGGGAAAGCCCGGAGCGUCUCCUUGGGCCAGCACCCCCUCCUCCACCCCUCGUCCCAGGGCAGGUGCUUGCAAGCCAGGUGGGGUGAUCUGCAGCCCUGAGGGGUUCGCUGGCUGCCUCUCGGAGGGGACGCCUGCGGGAAUCCAGAGGACCACCGCGGAUCCGCUCCCAGGAGUCCCACAGCAGGGGCUCCCAGAGGCGCCUGGCGGCCAAAGGUGCAGAGGCCCCUGGCCAUCACAAGUGCUCCCCGCCUGGACUUUGUGGCUGGCUCCCCAGUGGCCCUGCAGCUCUGUCUGUCUCCGGUGUCGCCUGUCGCCAGCCGGAUGUACGGGGCUUGUGCCGAACUAAAGAGCUGGAUUGGGUCAGGGGCUGAGGCUCUGCCUAGCGGGGGUCCCGCCUCUCCCACUGCGUGUCUCGCCCGAGUGGAUGGCAGAGUGGAGAGCUUGACUUUGGAUUUACUUCCCACAUCAGUCAUCUCACCAGGGUGAAAUUUUAAUUUAAAAACUUAAAAAAGAGACUUUUCUAACUUC